AUGUGGAAGCUCCUGCCGUGGUUCAGUUGUCACGCAAGUCUCACGCUUCUGAUUUUGGUUUUACAAACGGCUUUGGCGGAGCUGCUGGACAACCCCCCUGAGGACCAGCUCUUUCGUCGAGGUCUCUCCCGAGCAUUGGAUUUUUUUCUCGGAGGCAUGGCCAAUACAUGGACGGAUCCUGACUGGAAUGAUAACAUGAAACCCAUCGCCGCCAUGGUCUCUUAUGAUAUGAAGACAAAGACUCUGUCAAAGUCCAGCUUCCAGAUGGCUAUACCACCAACUGGCACUUUACGGGAUGCACGAGCAGAAUACGUGCCUCAGUUUGGCCCCAAUGGCUUGAUCUCUGUGCUGGGAGGAGUCACUUUCAAUGCGGAGCUGGCGCCGGAUCAUAUGCUAGACCUCACCAACAUCACGUUCUUCGACCCAAGGACUGGUCAAUGGCUGUGGCAGAAAACGAGCGGCAAUGCCCCAAGGAACCGGCAAUCGUUUUGUAUGGUGGGCGUCACCGGCCAGGCUGGAACGUACGAACUAUUUAUCCACGGCGGCAACGAUGCCGGCAAUCAAAUGUCGUAUGACGAUUUCUAUAUCCUCAGUCUCCCCGGCUUCCACUGGUUCGAAGUGACGGACCUUUCGCCCGAGCCUCGCGCUGAGACGUCUUGCGCAGUCAUAGGCAACCGUCAAAUGUUGAUCGUGGGCGGCCACAAUUUUGCCCAAGGAUCCAGUCAAGGCUGGAAAGUCAAGGAUACAUUUCCCCAAGGCCUGGGCCUUUUCGACAUGGUGGACUUGACCUUCGUCAAGGACUUCUCCUACAACGCCCACGCCGAGGCCUACAGGACGUCCAAGGUCGUAGAGGACUGGUACAGAACCAACACCAAUCUCUCUGAUUCUGUGCCGUGGUCGUCUAAAGAGGUGAAAGACAUGUUUCUGGCAAAGCCUGUUGUUUUUGACGAUUCAAACUUGGCCACCACCACACCAAGUUCUACGGCAAGUCCUCCGAAUACGACAACACCUGGCAGCAAUGUCGGCCAAAUCGCCGGUGCAGUGGUGGGAGCAUUGGUGGGCGCGGCAAUUCUCCUGUCACUCGUCUACUACUUUUGGAGCAGGAAACCAUCACCGUCAUCGCUGGUGGAACUCGGGUCUCUAGAGGGGACACUUUCAUCCAACACCAAAACCGAGCUUUCGGCGGAGCCGCUGGUGACGGAAAUGCCUGUCUCGUGCCCACCGGGCCUUAAAACAAGCCACGAGGAGACGACACACGAGCUUAACGCACAAAGUGAUAUCUAUGAACUCGACGUCACUAGUUGCGCUUGCGAGCUUGACGUGCCGACGAGUCGCACUUGUGCUAGCGAUGUGGCGAAACAGACCGGUGAUCUAGAGGACCAGAAACGGCACUCAAAUAUGGCGCCUUCCCGAGAGAGUUGA